CACUGACAAGCUCUUAUAAAUUAAAAUACGCUAUAAACAAAUAUUACAACACGCAGAAAAUGGCAAUGCAAAGAUCCACCAAAAUUAAAAAAGUGCUCAACAUUUUUCAUCCAAUUUUAUCAAAUUUUCGAAAAUAUAACACAAAUUCACAUAAUAUUUAUUUACAGUCAUUUUUAAACGGUAAUUCUUCCCAAUAUCUAGAAGAUAUAUACAAUGCCUGGUUGAAAGACCCCAACAGCGUUCAUGCGUCAUGGAAUGCGUAUUUUCAAGAUGGAACAUAUUAUAGACAGAUGGCUACAACCGUAGUUCAAAGUAAAGAAAAACAGUCAGUGUCUGUCCAUAACAUAGUGUCCACUCCAGGUACUGCUGUUAGUACUAAUACUAUAGAAGAACAUUUAACUGUCCAAGCUAUCAUUAGAAGCUUCCAGUCAUUUUUAAACGGCAAUUCUUGCCAAUACCUAGAAGAUAUAUACAAUGCCUGGUUGAAAGACCCCAGCAGCGUUCAUGCGUCAUGGAAUGCGUUUUUUCAAGAUGGAACGUAUCAAAGACAGAUGGUCCCAACCGUUCAAAGCAAGGAAAGACAGUUAGUGUCUGUCCAUAACAUAAUGCCCAUACCAGGUGUGGAUGUUAGUACUAAUACUAUAGAAGAACAUUUAACUGUCCAAUCUAUCAUUAGAAGCUACCAGGUCCGUGGUCAUUUAGUGGCAAGCAUAAAUCCUCUCUAUGAUAUGUUUGACAUAAACGAUAAAACAACAAGUUUCACGGAAAAAUUUGGAAAAAACCCUCCUGAAGUCAUAAGAUAUCACAAAAUAGACAAUUCCAUGUUGAAUACAUCUUAUCAACUUCCUCAAUCAACGAGAAUAGGAGGUCAAGAAAGGUCGCUGCCUCUGAACCAAAUCAUAAAACGUCUAGAAUUAGCAUACUGUCGCCAUAUUGGAAUUGAAUAUAUGCACAUCAAUGACGUAGAACAAUGUAAUUGGAUAAGGGAAAACUUUGAAACUCCUAAUGUAGUCAUGUUGAAAAAGCCCGAAAAAAAGCUGCUACUAAAGAGACUUGCACGAGCAGUGAUGUUUGAACAAUUUCUACAUAAAAAAUGGCCUAGUGAAAAAAGAUUCGGUCUUGAGGGUUGCGAAGUUGCGAUAGCGUGCCUCAAAAUGAUUAUUGAUACCCUCUCACAGUUAGAUGCCGAAAUGUUUGUAUUUGGAAUGGCUCAUCGGGGAAGACUGAACGUGUUGGCUAACGUUUGCAGAAAACCUCUGGACAAAUUAUUUGCACAAUUUCAUGGACUAGUACCGGAAGACGAAGGUUCCGGUGAUGUAAAAUAUCAUCUUGGAGUUUAUACUGAAAGGAAAAACAAGAUAACAAACAAAGACAUAAAGAUAGUAUUACUAGCGAAUCCAUCACAUCUGGAGACAGUAGAUCCCGUUUGUGAAGGAAGAGUCCGUGCUGAACAGUUUUAUCUUAAGGACACUGAACGAAAAAAGGUUAUUCCAAUUCUUAUGCAUGGAGAUGCUUCCUUCUGCGGGGAAGGGAUAUGCUACGAAACCAUUCAUCUUUCCGAUCUACCUAAUUACAGAACUGGAGGAACCAUACACGUAGUCGUUAACAAUCAAAUAGGAUUUACUACUGAUCCAAGAUUCUCCCGGUCAUCUCCUUACGCUACAGAUGUAGCUAGAGUUGUCAAUGCACCCAUAUUCCACGUAAAUGGCGACGACCCAGAGAGCGCAGUAUAUGUUAGCAAAAUGGCAGCGAUAUGGAGGAACAAGUUCAAAAAAGAUGUUGUAAUUGAUAUUGUUGGCUACCGAAAAUACGGGCACAAUGAAUUGGACGAACCCAUGUUUACUCAGCCUAUAAUGUACACCAAAAUCAAAUCAAUGAAGAAUGUUUGGCAAAAGUACUGCGAUGUUGCAAUAGCUGAGGGAAUCACGACAGAUACAGAAAUUAACGAUUAUAAACAUCAAUACGAAAAAAUUUGCGAGGAAGAUUUUAAUAGGGCCUCUCAAGAAACAACGGUCAGAUUCAGUGACUGGAUAGACUCGCCGUGGAAUAACUUCUUCGAAAAUAAAGAUAAAACCAAAUGCGAACCAACAGGAGUAAGUGAAGACGUACUAAAACAUAUCGGUAUGAAGUUUGCCAGUCCUCCGCCAGACGGUUUUGUAAUUCAUAGAGUUGUGAAGAGAAUAUUGAAACAUAGAAUGGAUAUGGUAACGCACCAAAAGUGUGAUUGGGCAAUAGGAGAAGCAAUGACUUUUGGAAGCUUACUAAAAGAGGGUGUGCACGUAAGAUUAUCUGGUCAAGAUGUUGAGAGAGGAACAUUCUCACAUAGACAUCAUGUAUUGCAUCAUCAAACCCAGGACAAGACUCGAUACACGUAUUUUCAAGAUUUGUAUCCUGACCAGGCACCUUAUACCGUAUGCAACAGUUCGAUCUCUGAAUAUGGCGUUCUCGGAUUUGAACACGGAUACUCUAUGGCUAGCCCCAAUUCUUUGGUACUAUGGGAAGGUCAGUUUGGGGAUUUUUCAAAUAACGCACAGGCUAUGUUCGAUACCAUGAUUGCCAGUGGACAAAGUAAAUGGAUACGUCAAUGUGGAAUGGUAUGUUUGUUGCCACAUGGACUUGAAGGUCAAGGUCCUGAACAUUCCAGUGCCAGGAUCGAACGAUUUCUUGAAUUGUGUGCUGACGAUUCCGAUUACCUCCCACCAGAUUUUUCAAAUUUAGCUCUAAAUCAACUUAAUGAUAUUAAUUGGAUCGUAGCUAAUUGCACAACACCGGCAAAUUUAUUUCACAUCCUCCGCAGGCAAAUUAAACUGCCCUUUAGAAAACCGCUGAUUCUCUUUACUCCCAAAAGUCUAUUGCGACAUUCAGAAGCUAAGAGCGAUUUUAGUGAAAUGACUGAAGGUACGGAAUUCCAGAGAUUAAUUCCUUCGAAAGGACGGGUGACCGAAGAUCCAAAUAUUGUAAAACAACUGGUAUUUUGUUCAGGAAAAGUAUAUUACGACUUCAUAAAAGAAAUUGAGAAGAGAAAACUGGAUGACAAAAUAGCUGUGGCUCGUGUUGAACAAAUGUGUCCAUUUCCCUAUGACCUGGUAACAAAAGAAUGUGAAAAAUAUAAAAAUGCUAAGAUCGUGUGGGGACAAGAAGAGCAUAAAAAUUCAGGUUGUUGGACGUAUAUGCUACCAAGAUUCGAGACAGCCCUCAAAGGACUAAGAGCAAUCACGUGAGUGAGAAAGUACGUAGGAAGACCACCGUCAGCCAGUACUGCUUCGGGGAACAAAAUCCAAUAUCAAAAUGAAUAUGAAAAUUUAAUGAAUGACAUCACUAAGUGUUGCGAAUAGAGAAAAUUGUGUAAAUGUGAUAAACUAUUGUUGAAGUUCUGUAAAUUGUAUAUUUUUCGCAAAUUCUAAAUAUAUACUUUUUUCUACAA